UUAUAGCUGCCAGUUAUCCUUUAAGUUAGAUCUUUCGAACAUAGUUUACUGGACUACUUUUGAUAGAUUAAGACAUUUUAUUGAUUGCUGUUGUUAGAUAAGGACAGAUCUGUUCGAAUUUUUCAGGCCGAAAGCGGAUAAAAUGAAACGGUUUCUGUCAAAAUGGCAUUCUGUGAGACCAAACUUCUUAGAUACACUUCGAGAAAAUGGUGUAAACACAGUGGCUGAAUUUAUGUGUUGUGACAUUGAGAGACUAGCUCAGAGAGUCUCAGUUUCAACAGAGGAUCUGUCAUCCCUUCAAGCCACAAUCACCACUCAAACAGCUGCAUUCACAAUGAAUGGCAGUGAUUUAUAUGAGGAAAUGAUGUCAAGAUUUCACAUCCUUUCAACUGGUUUUGAUAAUUUAGAUGAGCUCCUUGAUGGAGGUCUGUACACAGGAGAACUGACAGAAAUUGUUGGAGCUGCUGGUGUCGGCAAGUCUCAGAUUUGUAUGAGCAUUGCCUUGUUUACAGCCAUGGAAACAAAGAAGAAUGUUCUGUAUAUCGACACGGGAGGAUCUUUCAGUGCCACAAGGGUUAAAGACAUGUUAGAACAGAGGCAUAAUUCCCUAGCAAGUCAGGACCUCAAUAACAUACUGUCUAGAAUAUCAGUGAUCCAAGCAUAUGAUGUAUUCUCAGUAAUUGAAGCUCUUGAAAGAGUGAGAGACAGGAUAUGUAAACAGGAUGAUGAUAAUGAUGAUAACAUGCAUUAUCUUCAAAUGAUAAUUGUGGAUUGCAUAGCAGGAGUCAUUUCUCCAAUACUUGGAGGCCAGCAAAUUCAAGGCCAUUCAUUGAUGGUGAGCCUCGCAAGAAUUUUAAAGUCAUUAGCUGUUGCACAUUCAGUUACAGUGGUGAUCACCAAUAACAUUGUAACAGAUUCAUCCAAGUCAUCAUUUUCUACCAAACCAGCCCUUGGACCCACCUGGGCUCAUAUUCCAAACACCAGGAUUUUCAUUCAAAAGAAUCCUAUGUCAGAGGCAAGCAGUAUCAGAAAAGGAAAGAUUAUGGCCACUUUAAUCAAGUCAUCUAGACAGAAAUUACACAUGGCCACUGUUUCUACAAUUAUGUCUGAGCAAUAACCAAUCGAGUCACAGCCCUCGAGAAAGGAACAUAGUUGU